CAGCAGCAGCAGCACCACCGCUUAGCAAAGAAUUGCAGGCCCCGUCCGGGACGGCAACCGUAGCAUGGAUUCUUCCAGUUCAUCUAACUCUUUCUCCGUCGGCUCCGCCAGUCCCGGCACUGUCGUGCUCCUGUACUCGAAGGAGCUCAAAAAAUGGGAUGAAUUUGAAGAUAUUUUAGAGGAGAGGAGGCAUGUCAGUGACUUGAAAUUUGCAAUGAAAUGCUACACACCUCUCGUCUAUAAGGGAAUUACUCCUUGCAAGCCAAGCGAUAUUAAAUCUAGUGUUCUCAGUUCUGAAGAGGUUCGUUAUGUCAUUAAACAGCUUUCCAAGGAAUCCCUUCAAUCCGCCGAUGUCCUCCGAGAGGAAGUUUGUGAGAUUUUGGAUGAAAUGAGCCACAAACUGCGUCUGGGAGCCAUCCGGUUUUUUGCCUUUGCCCUGAGCAAAAUAUUUAAACAAAUUUUCUCAAAAGUGUGUGUAAAUGAAGAAGGUAUUCAAAAACUACAGCGAGCCAUCCAGGAGCACCCAGUUGUCCUGCUGCCCAGUCAUCGAAGUUACAUUGACUUUCUGAUGCUGUCUUUUCUCUUAUACAACUAUGAUCUACCGGUACCAGUCAUAGCCGCAGGAAUGGACUUCCUGGGCAUGAAGAUGGUCGGGGAGCUGCUGCGGAUGUCGGGUGCCUUUUUCAUGCGGCGCACCUUUGGUGGCGAUAAACUCUACUGGGCCGUGUUCUCUGAAUACGUGAAGACCAUGUUGCGGAAUGGUUAUGCUCCUGUUGAAUUUUUCCUCGAAGGGACAAGAAGUCGCUCUUCCAAGACAUUGACUCCGAAAUUUGGUCUUCUGAAUAUUGUGAUGGAACCAUUUUUUAAAAGAGAAGUUUUUGAUACCUACCUUGUUCCAAUUAGCAUCAGUUACGAUAAGAUAUUGGAAGAAACGCUUUACGUGUAUGAGCUUCUAGGGGUUCCUAAGCCGAAAGAAUCUACAACCGGAUUGCUGAAAGCCAGGAAGAUUCUCUCUGAGAAUUUUGGAAAUAUCCACGUAUACUUUGGAGACCCUGUGUCACUUCGCUCUCUGGCAGCUGGGAGGAUGAGUCAGAGCCCGUAUAACUUGGUCCCAAGGUAUAUUCCUCAGAGACAGUCGGAGGAUGUGCAUGCCUUUGUCACUGAAGUUGCCUAUAAAAUGGAGCUUCUGCAGAUUCAAAACCUGGUUCUGAGCCCCUGGGCCCUGACGGUUGCUGUCCUGCUUCAGAACCGGCCGUCCAUGGACUUCGACGCUCUGGUGGAGAAGACUUUAUGGCUCAAAGGCUUAACCCAGGCCUUCGGAGGCUUUCUCACUUGGCCCGAUAACGAACCUGCUGAGGAAGUCCUCCAGUCCAACAUUCUUCUGCAUUCCAACAUCGCCAGCCUCGUCAAAGACCAGGUGGUUCUGAAUAUGGACUCUGGAGACUCCGAAGUGGUCAAUGGACUUAUUUUCCAGCAUAUCACCCUCCUCAUGUGCUCAGCUUAUAGGAACCAGUUGCUCAACAUUUUCGUCCGUCCUUCCUUAGUAGCUAUGGCGCUGCAGAUGGCCCCCGGGUUCCGGAAAGGUAACUCACGGGAAUGUGGUCUGGAAUUUUGGAAGAGACUGGCCAUUCAGUUCCGUAUAGAGAGCAGCAUUUGUUGCCUUACAAUGCUCAGCCGCAUGUGUGGAGCCCAGACAGCAGCAAAGAAUGGGGCCUGUCCAAGUGGGUGCACCCUGUCUUCUCCCCUCCCUUCCCAGGACUUUGAAGAAGGCUGUUACCUGCUCUGUAAAAAUGAGACAAUACAAGUGACAACAAGGGACAUCCUAGUUACAGAGAAAGGAAAUACCGUGUUAGAAUUUUUAAUAGGUCUCUUUAAACCUUUUGUGGAAUGUUAUCAGAUAAUUUGCAAAUACCUCUUGAAUGAAGAAGAAGACGACUUCACUGAGAAACAGUACUUGGCUGGAGUUCGAAAAUUCACCAGUCAGCUUCUUGAUCAAGGUGCCUCGCAGUGUUACGAUGUCUUGUCUUGUGAUGUACAGAAAAAUGCCUUAGCAGCUUUUGUGAGGCUAGGUGUGGUAGAGAAGAAGAAAGUAAAUAGUGACAGUGUAUUUAAUGUGAACGAACCUGCCAUGACAAAAUUAGAAGAAAUGCUUGGUUGUAAGACACCAGUAGGAAAGCCAGCAACCGCAAAACUUUAAUAUUGCCAAACAGUUAUGAGAAAUUUGGUCACAUAAUUGCUGUCAUCCAAGGACUCUUACUCCAACAGGCGGGAACAUGAAGGAAAAGAGCCAUCUGCUCCGGCUUCAUACGACAGGAGAGCCAUGGGCUCGGCAGAGAGGAAGAGGUGACCGGUGUAAGCAGUCUGUGUGGUCCUCUCCACCACUACUCUUAAAAAGGCGUUCGUGUCCAACUCUGUGUGUGUUUUAAAAUAAAACAGUCUUUUGGAAACAUGUUUGGAAAAACAAAGCCCAGUCCUAUUUCACUAACACUUCCAACUUCUUAUCACACGUAUUAAACUUUUAUGCCGA